CACGUAGCAAUGUAUUUCACGAGAAUUUACUCAGUAUAGUAAUUUUAUCGCGAAGGGAUAUUAUUUUAAUUGAUAUGUCACAUUGGAGGGUGAGCGAUCCGUCGUACGGAAGUUCAGAAACAGUCGUAUUCACGAUACCAAAGGCACGGUACUGUUUCUCUGAGAAUUAUCGAGACCAUGAAGCAUUAUUACAAUGUCGUCUAUAAAAUAUCAUCGUUUACUGGUGCAUGGCCGUAUCUGAAACCGAGAGCAAGGAUAUUUCGCGUUGCUCUACUGACUAUAAUCAUGCUGACUGUAAUUGUUCCGCAGAUAGCGUAUCAGCUUACGUGCACAAACGUGCGAUGUACAUGCGAGUCGAUGACUUCGUACCUACUGACAAUGACGUCUUUUCUAAAGGUGUACACGUUUCAAUUAAAUACUCGUACGAUUAAAUGCCUUACCCAACACUUGUUCGUCGAUUGGAAGGGAGUAGAAAUUCCCAAAGAAUACGAAAUUAUGAAGUCAUACGCAGAAAACAGUAGGCGAUUCUGUCUGGUCUAUACGGGUGAGAACCGAUGAGAGGGAUGCUCUAUUUUAUUUCAUUCCCAAAUGCGUUGCGCGUUUCUUUUCUCAUGAUCGCUUCAUAUGUUGCAGUAUAUUGUUUGCUAGCAGUAAUUACGUUUAUGUCAAUGUCCCUUAUACCGUUCACACUUGACGUCGUAUGGCCCCUUAAUGAAUCACGUCCUGUAUUAUUCCCGUAUCCGGGAUAUUAUUUCGUGGA